GGGGGAAGAAGUUCAACACUUCCGUAUGAGAUCAACUUUGACAUAUCGAGACUAGAGAGAGAGAGAGAGAGAGAGAGAGAGUUGUACACACAGUAGCAGUGUUUGUGUGUGUGUGAUCGUGAUCGAGAGAUUCAGGGCUAGGUUAUGGGAGUUGAUGAAUGAUGGAUGAGAUGUCAACAAUCGAGAACAAAUCUAUUGAGAUCACUAAAGGCAUCAAUGGCCUAGAUAAAGUCAUACUCCGCGAAAUCCACGGCAGUACUGUUGAGGUAUAUCUGUAUGGUGGUCAUGUGACAUCUUGGAAAAAUGAGCAUGGAGAAGAGCUACUUUUUCUCAGUAGUAAGGCAAUCUUUAAGCCUCCAAAGGCAAUACGUGGGGGUAUUCCUAUAUGCUUCCCGCAAUUCUCAAAUCUAGGCUCUCUUGAAGCACAUGGAUUUGCUAGAAACAGAGUAUGGAUCAUAGACAAUGAUCCCCCUCCUUUUCCUCCCACUGUCACCAAUAGAGUUUAUGUUGAUUUGUUACUUAAGCCCACUGAAGAGGAUUUGAAGAUAUGGCCUCACAGCUUCGAGUAUCGACUGAGGAUUACUCUUGGACCUGGAGGAGACCUGAUGUUGACAUCUCGGAUCAGAAAUACCAACACUGACGGGAAGCCAUUUACAUUUACCUUUGCAUAUCACACCUAUUUUUCUGUUUCAGAUAUCAGUGAAGUUCGAGUGGAAGGAUUGGAGACACUCGAUUAUCUUGACAAUUUGAAGAACCGGGAGAGAUAUACAGAACAAGGGGAUGCAAUAACCUUUGAAUCGGAAGUUGACAAGAUUUAUCUCAGCACACCAACAAAGAUAGCAAUUCUGGAUCAUGAAAAGAAACGAACAUUUGUCAUUCGGAAAGAUGGACUUCCUGAUGCUGUGGUGUGGAAUCCAUGGGAUAAGAAGGCAAAAACCAUCGCUGAUCUUGGAGAUGAUGACUACAAACACAUGCUUUGUGUGGAGGCAGCAGUAAUCGAAAAGCCCAUUACAUUGAAGCCUGGUGAAGAAUGGAAAGUGAGGCAAGAACUUUCAGCUGUUCCUUCGAGCUAUUGCAGUGGGCAACUCGACCCUAAUAAGGUUCUCCAGAGUGGUUGAAGAAACAUAGGCUGAUCAAUAUCAUGUACAGGUCUGUGGUGAAAGCAAAAAGCUCAUGCCAGCUCUUCUGUGAGUCCUAUUUUUCUUGUGUAAAAUUUUCAUUACAUUGGUUAAAAUGGUUGAACUCUUUUGAGCAGAGAAGUUGUCAAAAAUACCAUUAUUCACUAGAAACUACUGAUUGUAAUGGAUGGCCAAAGAAGCAUAAAGAGAUGGUCAUGUUGUGGUUUUGAUAAAACAAUGUAUUCUAAACACAAGUACUUCAAAGACGAUUAUGUCUUUCUUUCUACUA